AGCACGCGAGCGUUGUAUGAGAGGAAGCUGCACAGGAUGAUGACCCAGUGCUCACAGCACAGUGUCAACAAUAAAGAUGAUGGGAAAUACUCUGAUAGUGAGGAGGAGGAAGAAGAAGAAGAAGAAGAGGAGUCCGGAUCAGAACAGCCUGGCCCAGAGAGUGUGUCCCAUACUGAUCUCGGUGCGACGCGUAGUGCGGUGGGGCUGAACUGUCGGAGCAAAGAAACCUUUUAUCCCCUGUGCUUUGUCCCCCCUGUGAGACAGGACAAGAAUCUAGAGGAGUCAUUGGACAGCCUCCAGAGCAGCUCCCUGUCCUUCAGCAUCACACAGCUCGUGGAGGAGAUUGAAAACAGGCUGAAUCCACAAUCAAAGUCAGCAGAGACUAAGGGAAGCUGUAGCCAGACACCAGUGGCAAGCAGGGCACAAUUGCAGCUCAAAGGAAGCACACCGAACAUGUCCUUCUAUCUGACCCCUGAGUGUUCACCUCUUCAGAAACAAACUACCACAAUAAAACCAGCUAUUGAAGCCAUGACUGAUGUUCUGAUGGAGAUGUUCCCAGACACUGUAGUUACUCCAACUGGGAUCACUGCCACCAAGAGACGAUCUAUAAAGGGGGCAGCAGGUCGUCCUGUACAGUUCAAAUACCCAGAAACCCCACUGAGUCCUGCAUCACUGGAGAGACGGGAGAUCCGGCAGCAUCUGGUUUCUCUAUGGGUGCAGGUUGUGGUCUUUUUUUUGGUGGCUGCACUCCUAUAUUUCAUUUAUGUAUCAAUGGAAGAGCCACUGGAGAAUCCUUUCAGCGUAUUGCUAAACGGCCCGAGCCACGAGCCAAGCAGUGAUGACCUUGCACUUGUCCCUAACUCUCAGGACACUCAAACUUGAUAGAGGGUUUAUUGUGCAUUGGACUUGCACAGAAUUUUAUAGUAAUAGUGAUGUUCUCUUGGUUCAAGUCAAAUACACUUGGAUGUAUAUGGUUUGAGCUGCUGAUCCUACUUGUGUAGGAUUUUACCUUGUUUGAAGUAGAUGAAUAAAAUUAACCGUUGAAGUCUUGGUUGCCACAGGGACCCACAGGAGUACUGUAUGCAAAUGUGUUUUUAUUCCAUUGUGUCAUGUUCUUGAAUAAAUAAAUAAUUGGUUGACUA